UUCAAUGAGCUGCGGAGAUAGGUUUGUUGCCAUGGAUAUUGGCGGUACAACGUUGAAUCUUGAGUCUAGCGUUAGGUACGUUAGCAUAGCAUGUAGGUCAUUAAUACCAGACUGAAGUGUUAACUUGGCUUUGUAACGUUAAAUAUAUUCUACAUAACUGCAGUUAGUAUGACAAGCAAAUAGUGAAUGGUACCGCCUGGAUUAAGGUUAGUACGUGUUAAUGCGAGUUUACUGCGCGAGCUGUCAAAGUAAGGGAGGAGGGGCUCUAAACAGACUGCAGCGGGCGGCGGCUGCUGUUUAACCCAAAAGUUACUACACUCAUGGUGCGGGAGUGGUCAUGACGCAGCAGGAGCAGCAGGAGUUCAUGGAGAGCCUGGAGGCAGCCCUCUCCUGGAUGCGGGCCGUCCAGGAGAGGCUGAAGGCCAACGACAACACCGAGGGGCCCCGUGAUGCCCUGGAGGGACGACUCAAAGAGACAGAGAAAAUCCAUCAGUCGGAGCACGAGGGUCGCAUGAAGAUGGACAUGGCGCUGGUGGCAGCUGAGAACCUUUUGCAGAGCGAAGAUGACGAGCUGAGGAACCACACCCACGCCAAGCUCAAAGACCUAAAAAGCUUGUGGGAGGAGACCUGCACCUAUAUCAUCCACUGCCACAGUCGCAUCGAGUGGGUGUGGCUCCACUGGGGCGAGUACCUGAAGGCGUGCGAGGAGUUUGAGCUGUGGCUGACGCGGCAGCAGCGUGCCCUGGAUGUCGGGGUGGAGCUGCAGCUGGGGGUGAAGGAGAAGCUCUGGCAGGUGGACCAGCAGAGGGUGGUGGUGAGCGAUAUCCAUGGCCAGGCGGCGCUGCUGGAAAGGCUGCUGGACGAGGCUGCCGCGCUGCACAACCGAACUCAGGACCCCAGCGUGGAGCCCCAGGCCCAGGAGAGGCUGCAGGAGGCCUACAAUGACGUCCGAGACAGAGCAGAGGAGCGUUUGUCGCUGCUUCAGAAGAUGGCGGAGGAGCACCAGACGUGCCAAGGCUGCGUUCAGAGGUUCCAGUCCUGGCUGCUGUCAAAGACCAAGGAGCUGAGUGAUCUGAUGGAGAGGGAGGAUACAGCCGAGAACAAGCUCAAAGCCGUACAAGCUCUGGACGACAGCGUGGCCAGCGAGGAGAAGACCCUGCAGCAUAUCGAGGGGUUGGCGGAGAUGGUGCGAGGCAACACCUCUCCCUCCGGGGCGGAGGUAGUGGUGGAGGAGGCCGAGGAGCUGAGGCUGGGCUGGCACAGGCUGAGGCAGGGCCUGUGUGAGACGGAGGAGGGCCUGAGCUCCAACCUGGACUCCCACAGUCAGUACAUGGCCAGAUGCCUGCGGCUGGGAGAAGACAUUGGCCACCUCAGGGUGCUGCUGCAGGGGCUGGACCAGGAACUGGAGGAGGGCCACGAGGCCGGGGACCACACCGAGGAGCAGAUGGUGGGACAGUGGAGGAAAUACACCGGUGUGAGGAAUACUCUGGCAGGGGAAGAGUCGCAAGUGGAACUACUCAAGGCUCAGCUUAAGGAGCUCUUCAGGUUCUCGGAGGACUCGCGCCACCUUUCAGAUGAUGUCCUGGCUGUUGUCAAAGAACAUCAGAGUGUGAAAUGCAGAGUGACGAGGCUAUGUUCAGAGUCCGAGUCGGGGCUGAGAAGCAUUCUCCAGGAUCCACUGCUGGUCUACUCGCAGUGGAGCCAUAUGGUCUCUCAGGUUCUGGAGGCUUCUGCUGAUGUUACUGACUUCUCCCACAUCGCCAUGUUGGUCCAGACCAUUGAGCGCCUGCUGAAGGAAAGUGUCCAGCUGCAGGAGCGUUUCAGUCUGCUGCAGGUGAAGGGGGACCUGCUGGACUCGGUCUUCGGUCCUGAGAGGUCUGACAACUUGCAAGGCGAGCUGAUUUCUAAUGUCAGGAACCGAGAGCUGCUGCACACUCAACUGCUGCAGAGGAAGAGCAGGCUACAGGGCUUAAUCUCAAGAACCAAGGAGUUUGGUGAUGCUGCAGAGUUGAUUCGCUCCCGGCUGGCCAGGCAACGGGACCAGCUGGUAGCAGCUGACGGCCUCCAGCCUGACAUCCUGGCUAAGAAAAGCCAGUCCGACCAGUUCAGGGCGAUCCAGAAGGAGUUGGAGGACUGUGAAGCCCACCUCACAGCGCUGGAGACGCUGGUCUCAUCCAGUCAGAACAACAGGACUCAGUUUGAGAGGCUCCAUGCUGACUGGAAGCAUUUGCACAAGGCAGCCAGGGUGAAGCUGCGUGAGAGUGAGGAGAGCAUCGCAGACCAUGAGAGCUUUCACGACAGCCUGCUGAACAUAGAGAAGUGGCUGAUGAUCAUGAAGCAGAAGCUGGAGUCUUUCCAUGGCCCCGCGGGAGAGUGGAGCAUUGAGGGCCGCCAUCAUGAUACAGCCGAGAGAGCCCUGGGAGAGUUUCCAGAGAAGGAGCUUCAGCUGCAGCAGAUGGAGGUCCAGGGUCAGGGGGUUUUGGAGAGGACUUCGGAAGAGGGACGAGUCCACAUUCUGCGAGACAUACAGCGCCUGCGUGAGUCCUGGUUGGCCCUGUACAAUAUGAAUCUCAAUCUUCAUAGACUGCUGAACAGCUCCACAGAGCAGUCAGAGACUGACUUUUGGAGCGUUGAAGGCCUGUCUGUAGACAGCCCCUCUCUUACAACAAAGUUCAGCCUGCGUAAGGGAGACAAUACAGUCAGGGCAGAAGGCUCCAGGAGCCAGAGAAGCCAAAAACAAGACAAGCCAGCUGAGCUAUAUGAAGCCUUGGUUGGCUCUGCACCUGUAAGAGGAGGAAGCCUGGAGGGACAGGCUGCAGAGGGGGUGAUGACAGGGCAGGGCUAUUUGAACCAGGACCAUGGUGGAGGUCACCUCAUUCUGACUGGACAAGACCAUAAACAACUCAGUCCAUCCAGGACAGGCAAGCACAGUGGACCCUCCUUUAAAGGAGACCAAGUAGAUUCCUCUGCUUGGGGCAUUUUCAGCAGAACCAGUCAGAAAGUUUCCAAGGACUCUGUCGCUGACACCGGCAGUGAUGAAUCAACAGGGGCCAGCAGCAGCAUCUUAGCUGGAGACAGAAGGGGAACCGCUUUAAGCACAAAGGCGGGUACAGGACGGUACAAAUCCAAGAAGAGGGAGUUUGAGGCCUGGCUGUCCAAACAGAAUGAACUCCUCUCAGGGAUCCUCUGCACCAAGGGAGCAACACCCAGCGCCAAAGAACUCAAGAUCCAACAGGACACACUCAAGGCUCUGAGGACGGGUGUGGCCGGAGGUCAGGAGCAGUUCCAGCUGUUGCUCCAGGAGAGUCCAGCCAGUGAGGCUGGUUCUGGACCGGCAGAAGACGUGGGUCUGGAGGAACUCCGCUACCGCUGGAUGCUCUACAAGUCCAAACUGAAGGAUGUGGGCGACGUCAGGGCCAGGGCUGGCGGCAAGAGAGUCCAAGCCGAACUAGAGGAGCCGCCCGUCGCUGCAAAGGUGCAGAAGAAGCCGGGUUUGUGUUGGCGGGUGUGUCGGCUGGCGCUGCUCCUGUGGCUCCUGCUCCUGGCUCUGCUGCUCCUGGCCUUCCUGCUGCCCCUCAUGGACCAAGGCAACAGCUGCUCCCUCUCCAACAACUUCGCCCGAUCCUUCAACAUCAUGCUCCGUUACGAAGGACCACCGCCCACGUAGGAAAACCUCCUCGGAUGGAGUAAUAACUCAUCUCGCUCUCUACAGCAGCGUGCGAGGCUUUAAUAAACCACGGCUUAUGUAGGGAAUGUUAACCACCUUUGUCCAUUGACAAACCUUCAGUCCAAUCCGAAGGAUUUGCAACAAGACGUAUUCUCAUUUUUAAAAAAGGACUCCUUUAAUAUCAUCUCCACUAGGAUGGACCCCAAUCUGUGAAGGAACGAAAAACCUAGAAAAGCUGCACAUCUGCAAACAACCGUUUUACACAUUCUAGAUUAAAUCUCAGCUCUGCUGAGCCUCACAUCCUUUGCAGUUUACAAAUCAUGACCUGUUAACUUUUAAACUACAAAUCACGAAGAGCAUACAAAGGUCCAAUAGGACUACAAAUCCAAUGUUCAUUCUAAGAAUUUCAAAGUCCUAUAACCAGCCCGCAGAAGCUGCAACAUCUGUUAACCAAAGUCAUUUUUUGUCAUCUUUCAUCGCCAUGCCUUCCCAAUAUGGUAUUUUUUUUAUUGUUUUAAUAAUACCUAAUAUAACCCGUCAUCAGGGCUCGCUAGAAGUCACUUUACAGCACUCUAUUGCUGCCAUUGUGACAAAAAAUUGUCUACAUAUAUUUUUCUUGGUAUGACUACUUACUUAUUUAUCAGUUUUAACAAGUAUCUAUGUUGGUUAUAACAACAUUAUAUAAUUGAAACUUUAUUG